AUCUCAAACUACAAAAUGUUUGAAUUUACUUAGUACCCUUUGAUGAGGAGAUGAGAUGAUAUAGUUACAGAAUAAAUAGCUUCUCAAGUCUUAUCAUUGGUUCAAAUUUCAAUCAAAUCAAAAUUCUAUUGACUCAUUAAAAACCCUUCUAACAGAAUAUCACAAAAUGAUUAUUUAUUAUUGUAAAACAAAAAACAUUAGUUAGCCUUCAUCAUAUUUAUGCUCCUCAAGCUUUCCAACCACUUCUACCCUCAGCUUCCUCAUAAUCUUUUUCCCUCAAAACUAUUUUUCUUUCUUUCUUUCUUUCUAUUUCUUGUCCCAUUUUCCUUCUUUUGUUACACUAAAACACAAAACUCCAUAACCAACAAAAAUUAGACAUAACACCAAAAAUACCAAGAAUGCAUUUGCAGGGCUCUGUCUUUCUUACUUCUCUCUUAAUUGCAACCUUUCUGUUCAGUUUCUCCACUGCCCUUAAGAAGGGUGAAAUAUGCGUAGCUAAUAGUAACUGUGACUUGGGAUUACACUGUGAAACAUGUCUAGCAAAUGGAAAUAUCCGGCCUAGAUGCACAAGAAUUCAGCCCGUUAACCCAACUUCAAAGGUAAAGGGUUUGCCUUUCAAUCGUUAUACAUGGCUCACAACACAUAAUUCAUUUGCUAGGUUAGGGGUUAGGUCAGCUACUGGGGCUAUACUUGUAACCCCCAUGAAUCAGCAGGACUCCAUUACAGAUCAGCUUAAUAAUGGUGUGAGAGGGUUGAUGUUAGAUAUGUAUGACUUUCUGAAUGACAUCUGGUUGUGCCACUCAUUUGGAGGAAAAUGCUACAACUUUACAGCUUUUCAACCAGCCAUUAAUAUUCUGAAAGAGGUUCAAGUAUUUCUUGAAUCACAUCCAUCAGAGAUCAUUACCAUUAUAAUCGAGGACUAUGUUACAUCACCAAAUGGCCUGACCAAAGUGUUUAAUGCUGCUGGCCUGAGGAAAUAUUGGUUUCCUGUCUCUCGGAUGCCGAAAAACGGUGGAGAUUGGCCAACUGUUGAUGAUAUGGUGCAGAAAAAUCAGCGGUUAGUGGUUUUUACUUCAAAGUCGAGCAAGGAAGCUUCUGAAGGAAUUGCCUACGAAUGGAGAUAUGUAGUAGAAAAUCAAUAUGGAAAUGGUGGAAUGGUAGCCGGUUCAUGUCCGAACCGUGCAGAAUCACCAGCCAUGAACACAACAGCAAGGUCGCUGGUUCUAGUAAAUUACUUCCCUGAUAACCCAGAUGUAACCCAAGCUUGCAAGCAUAACUCUGCACCCCUUAUGAAUAUGGUGAACACCUGUUAUGGAGCAGCAGGUAAACGGUGGCCUAACUUCAUUGCGGUCGACUUUUACAAGAGAAGCGAUGGUGGGGGAGCUCCGGAAGCUGUAGAUGUUGCUAAUGGUCAUCUAGUCUGUGGUUGUGGAAAUAUAGCUUCUUGCAAGCCAAAUAUGAAAUUUGGAGUAUGUGACCUACCUGAGCCUGGUGUGGCAGCAGGCCCUGGUGCCGUAGCACCUGAAUCCAGCUUUGCCUUUGCGAGAGCAAGACCGAUUCAACUCUGGUUGCUGCUUGGGACAAUACUGAUGGCAUUUUUCUUGUCAUUGUGAACACAAAUUCUGUAACUUUUUCUUCUUUUGAUGCACUAACGACUCAAAAAUUAUCUUUUACCUAUUUAUAUAUAUAUAUAUAUGCUCUUCUGACCAAUAGCAACCUAUAUAUUCAGAGUAGCAGUAGCACAGCUCUGGACAGGAUUCAUGUGACUAACAUUGUAAAAAAUAAUUAAUAAAAAGAAUAGUUUUUGCUAUUCUAGCUUUGUUUA